UGCCUCUUUCCCUCUCUAUGUGGGCAAAUGACAUCUUGCAUGUGGGCAAUGAGAUAACCCAGGGCCACGGCCUGCAGGCUCAAGCCCCUCAGUCAGCCCGGGUUCCACCUUAGCUCUGCCACUUCCCUGUCAUCCUCUCGUUGCUGAACCUGUUUCCUCACCUGUAACUGGGUGUCCUGGGGUGCUGGGCUUGGCACAGUGUAAGGUUGCUCCCUUCACUCGGGCAGCUGGAGGGCCUGGCUUCUCACAGGGUUGCUGUGAAGAUGACGGGAGCUCUGUACCCAGGGGCUCGGCGCAUUAUCGUGUUUUCAGAGUGUGCUUUGCCUCUCCCUUCUCAGAGGUCUGUGGUCCAGGCCACACCGCAGACGCCCAAAGCAGGGCCCGUGCAGCAGCUGACUGUACAGGGGCUUCAACCCGUCCAUGUGGCUCAAGAGGUGCAGCAGCUCCAGCAGGUGCCUGUCCCACACGUGUACUCCAGCCAGGUGCAGUAUGUGGAGGGUGGCGAUGCCAGCUACACGGCCAGCGCCAUCCGCUCCAGCACCUACUCCUACCCUGAGACGCCGCUGUACACGCAGACGGCCGGCACCAGCUACUACGAGGCUGCCGGCACGGCCGCCCAGGUCAGCACGCCCGCCACUUCCCAGGCAGUGCCCAGCAGUGGCUCCGUGCCCAUGUACGUGUCCGGCGGCCAGGCAGCGGCGGCGGUGGCGGGGGAGGUGGUGGCGGCGGUGGCGGCAGUGGCGGCAGCAGCAGCGGAGCGGGCACCUACGUGA